UACAGUCUAGAUCAUUUAUCAGACCAAGUAGAACAAUUCUUAAUUAUGAUUAAAAAAAAUUCUGAAAUUUUGAUUGAAAAAUCAAAUAACAUAUGUCAUGAUCUGACAGUCGAGUAUAUAUUGCUCGACUUGUUAGAUGACUUAAGAGAAUUUCAGCCACAGAUAAAUGUGUGUGCUUACGGGUCCAUGAUCUCAGAUCUAGGACUCCCCAAGAGCAAUGUUAAUAUUUCUCUUGAUUGUGAUAAUAUGUAUGAAGGAAAAAAUUUAACACGUCGUCAUCAGACUCUGAUUGCAAGGAUUGCAGAAUAUCUAUCCUUUGAUAAACAAUUGUGCAUAAAGUGGAAAAUGCACGAAGUGAAAUUACAUAGUAGAAUACCAAUUGUAAAAGUACAGCAUGUUCUUUCUGGACGUAGUUGUGACAUUUCAGUUGCAAAUAGACUAGCAGUGGAAACUACAAAUAUAAUUAAGUACUAUAAUCGUACUUUUCCAUUGUGCCGAAAAAUGAUUUUAUUUCUUAAACAAUGGUUGCACGUAGCGGGAUUGCAUUUUAUAACAAGCUACACCAUAACAUGGUGUGUUAUUUUUUAUUUGCAAACUAUGCAAGUGUUCCCUAGCAUAUCAAAGCUAAUUCAGAAAGAAAAUAAAUCACGGCGAAUUAAUGGAUGGGAAAUUGGUAUAAGCUGUAAUUUUGUUAUUAAGAAACUAGAUAUGUCUUUUGAAAAACAUUUACUAACAUUUUUUUUAUACUAUGCAAAUUUUUAUUUUGAAUAUGAAGUGGUCUGUCCAUUGUUGGGUCGAAAACUAGACAAAAGAGUUUUUACCGGUUUUGAUACUCUAGAAAAUUCAUCGAAUGAUAUGCGUCCAUAUAUUAAUUAUCUGCAAAACAAUUUUACCGAAGACGAGCCAGAAGCUUUUUGCUUAUCGGCAAUGUGUGUGCAAGAUCCGAUUAAUUUAUCAGAUAAUCUGACAGAGACGGUAUCGAUUGAUGAGCUAAGAAAGUUUCAGAGUUAUUGCAAGUACAGUGCAGAAGUACUGUCCCAAAUAGUCUUUUCCACCUGAAACCACCGUAAUCUUAUCUUAAUUAAUGUACUUAAUUAAUGUAUACGAUGUACAUAUAUUAAUGGAUAAAAUAGUAUAAAAAUUCUAAAUAUAAUUUUUCCGAAUUAAAUAAACAAGCUUUGUAAGAAAGCAUACAUUGUAAGCAUUGUAAGAAUCACAAUAUGUACUAUGAUACAUAUAAUAUAUUGUUUAAAUUGAAAAAAGAUUUGAUAAUUUUAUUAUAAAUUUUGUACAUGCUAUUAUAUCUACCAUAAAAAGAUGAUUGGUAUAUUACAUAUUAUAAUUGAUAUAUUACAAUAACAAGAGAUGGUAAAGAUAAAAAACAAAAUAAAAAUAUUAGAUGUAUAAACUAUACGUAUGAUUAAUAGAAAACAUAGUGCAUAUAAUCGAAGUUUUCAUAAUAUAUACCGUAUAUUAUAUACCGUAAAUAUAUAUUUAUCAUUUUUAUAUCAUUUUAUCUUCUUCUAAUAAU